AUGAACUCUCGAGAUCUUGCACUCGUCUCUACUUCUGCAAUUUUCGGUGCUUUGAUUUCAUCUCUCGCAUUUCGCUUCCUCUCGUCAAACCCUAAAAACCCCAAAUCCCGAAGAUUUACUUCCACCGAAAUCUCCGCAGUUUCCACAAGAAUCCCAGUUCUAGAUCCUUUUAGUCCUUCGAAGCGAAAAGGGUACUUAUCUUGGGAUGAUUAUUUCAUGGCGAUUGCAUUUCUUUCAGCAGAAAGAUCAAWGGAUCCUAACAGGCAGGUUGGUGCGUGUUUGGUGAGCCAAAAUGGUGUAAUUCUGGGGAUUGGCUAUAAUGGUUUUCCAAGAGGCUGCUCAGAUGACAAACUUCCUUGGGCCAAGAAAUCGAGAACUGACGACCCAUUGGAGACAAAGUAUCCAUAUGUGUGUCACGCUGAAGUCAAUGCCAUACUAAAUACAAACCACGCAUCUGCAGCUGGACAGAAGCUUUAUGUGACCAUGUUCCCUUGCAACGAGUGUGCCAAGAUUAUUAUACAGUCUGGAGUUACUGAGGUCAUCUAUUUUGUGGAAAAGAGAUUAAAGGACUCAGAUAUUGCCUAUGCAGCUUCUCACAAGCUCUUAUCCAUGGCCAACAUCAAAGUUAGGAAACAUCAACCGGAGAUGGAUCAGAUCUUAAUCAAGUUUGAAGAACAGUUACUCCAACCAGGGACCUAA